AUGAAACUCCUUGCCACCGUUACCGCCUCUGCCCUCGCCGCCUCCUGGGAAUACCCCGAAACCUUCGGAGUCGAUGGCUCCUCCUGGGGAGACGAGUGCACCGACCAGGUCCGCGGGUCGCCAAUCGACUUGGACUACACUUACAGAAACUUCCACUUCAUGGACUGCGCUGAGAACUGGAACAUGACCGGCUACGAUCAGCAGGCUUCCUGGAACUUUGCUGACAACGAGCACACCAUCGUCCUCACUUCUGACGACUACGACGCUAAGUUCUCUGGCGGACACAUUGGCAACGAAUACCAGUUCCACUCUUUCCACUUCCACUGGGGUGACAAGGCCGGCCAGGGUGGCUCCGAACACACCAUCAAUGGACACCACACCUUCGCCGAGGUCCACUUCGUCCACUACCGAUCCGACAUCGACCUCGUUACCGGUCUUGGCCUCGGCGACGGUCUUGCCGUCCUUGGCUUCAUGAUCGAGGUCACCGAUGGUGACGAAUCCAACGAGGCCAUUGGCGAACUUGCCCGACGACUUCGAUGGCACUCGAACAAACAGGGCAACGAAGACGGAUCCUUCCGACACUUCGAUUUCUCCAUCAGCAACUUGAUCGAAGGCGUCGAUCUCUCCAACUUCUACCGAUACGAAGGAUCCCUCACCACCCCACCAUGCUCCGAAGCCGUCCAGUGGACCGUAUUCAAGGACCCCAUCCGAAUCAGCCGACAAACCGCUGCCAAUUUGCUCCGAUCCGCUGAUCUUGCUGAUGAACACAUCGAAGACAACUUCCGACCAGUCCAGCCUCUUGCCGACCGAAACGUCAUCUUCUACUCGGACUCCUCCGCCGCCUUCAAAGCCGCUUUCCGAAACGAGCGAAACUUCGACCGCGAACGAGAGUUCCGAGACUACGACUGGCUCAACAACUACCACGAGGACGACCACCACCACGAUCACGAACACGACCAUCACCACGACGAUGAGUAA